AUGGAAAAAUUUCUUAAUGGUAUGAUAAAUAAAUUAUUUAGAAUUAAGAAGAGUUGACAUAUUUGGAUACUAAAUCACAUUGAGAAUGAAUUAGUAAUCCACAUAUAGAACAGGUUUGGGAGGUUUGAUGUCAAUUAUUGUAAUUGGUGUGAUGAUAUGGCAGUUUUCUGCUAAUUUUAAUUCGUUUCUCAAUAAAGAAUAAUUGAAUGCAGUAUCCAUAACAGAGUAUGAUCCAAAAAUAUCAGAUACUACAAUAACAGAUAAAUAAUUGCUAUUUGCUAUUGCAAUUUAAUAAGAGAACUUUAUUCACAAUCCUUUUUUCAAUAUCUCUCUCAUCUAAAAGUAUAACAAAGUUCUCUUAAAUUUUAGAUACAAUUAUAGGUAUUAGAAUGGUUCUUAAGCGUCAUUGUCUAAAGAAAUACCAUUAGUUGAAUGUACAUAAUACAGAUUUGAAAAGUACUUUUAAGAAGAAGGAAGUGAUUUUUCUUAAUUAUACUUUAAUUCAUCAUCUUUAUCAGAUUAUCUAUGUCCAGUGUAAAAGAAAUGAUUAUAUUAGGGAGGAAGCUAAUUUUUAGUUGGGAGGUACACACAUAAGUAAAAUAUAGUUAUAAACAUCUAGGUGAGGACUUUUUGUAUUUAUAAAUAAUUAUAAGCAAAUGCAAUCAUUAAGAAGCAUUAAAUAAAGGAUAUGAAUGUGCUAGUUAAGAAUAACUGAAUGAAUUUGUGGCAUAACAUGGAAGCUUUAAAUUUUAAAUCUAUAAUAUCAACUCUAUUAUUAAUCCAUAUAAAUCAGAUAAAAACUAUAAACAAUUAUAUUUAGAUGAUUCAUUGUAAUAUACUUUCAUUCCCAAUUAAAUUGGAAGAACAAUAGAUGUCUAUCUAAAACAUUACCAUAUAGUUUAAGAUAACAGUUUGAUGCCGUUGAGGUAAUUUUGAAAGUUAAGAUUUAAGUGAAACUAUUAUAACUGAUACAUUUGCAAUUGAAUAAUUAGAAACUAAGAUUGUUUCUGAAUUUGGAAAUCAAACUUCUGAUUAAUAUGUUUAGAUCAAUUUCAAGAGAAGUCCAUUUAAGACAACCAUAAAAAGAAAUUAUAUGAAAUUUGAUGAAAUGUUAUCAAAUUUAGGAGGUAUAUAAUAAAUACUAUUUUUUUUUGUUGGAAUUGUUGUAACAUUAUACAAUAAAUUAUAAAGUAAUAAAUUAGUAUCUAUUUUUUAAGUGAUGAUUGAAUUAGCUAAUAGAGUCUAUGAAUUUUCAUUAGAUAAUACUGAAAAAUUAAGAUAAUAAUAAGAGAAAUUAGAAUUGAUAAAUUUAGCAUUAUAAUAAUAAUAAAGAUUAUAAAAGGAACCUGGUUCAUCUGUUAAUAAUUCUGAUGAUGAAGAUAAACCUUAAACAAUUCAUUAAACAUUAAUACAUCAAAAAGAAAAUAAUCAAGAAAUAAAGAAAUUAAGUGGAGUAAAAAGAUUUAAAGCUGUUGUAUAAUACUUAACUGUAUUUAAAUAAAAUAAUUAAUAAACAUAAUAAAAAAAAGAAAGUUUUAGAAUUAUUUAAGAUUAAAAGAUGUUAGCAAUAUAAUUAAAUUGUAAAUCUGGUUUAGAUUAUUUUGAAAAAUAAAUUAAAUCAAUAAUAAGUAGAUCUAAACCUAUAUAUUUAUCAUUUAAAAUUUUAGUUAAUGUAAUCACUUGUAAUAGAUUAUUCUCAAAAUAACCAAGAAUAAGAUUAAUUAAUAAAGGUAUGUAAUAGGCAGCUGAAUAAAUAGAUAUUUAUAAUAUUGUUUAAAAUAUGAAUGAGAUGGUUAAAUUAAAAGAAGUAGUAUUAUCAUAUCAUCAAUAAUUGAUGUUUGGUUUUACUCCAAAACCUUAAAUUACUCUUGAUGAUACAACUACUUAACCAACUAGAGAUGUUUUAACAUUGAAAUUAAAUAAAGAGAAAGAUCAAGAUGAAGAGAUUGCUAAUGGAGGUGAUAUAUUCAAACCUAAGAGAGGAAGUGGUGAUUAGGAUAAUUAUUUAUUCUAUGCCAAAAUUUAUAAUGUAAUAUCUUUAUAUUUAUAAGUCUUAUGAUGAUGUUCUUAGAUAAAGUGAAGAUGAUAUUCAAAAUAAAAAUAAUAAUGUUAAUAAAUAAUUAAUAGAAAAAUUAGGACCUGAAUUGUAAUUGAUAUUUAAAUUAUCUAAAUUGAUUGAUUUCCAAUCUUAAAAUAGUACAUAAGUUUAAAUUAAAACACCUUAUCGUAGAGGUGCUAUGUAAUAAAAAGAACAAAAUGUUUAUGCAAAAAUGUUUAAUCCAAACACUUGA